AUGGGUUAUACUAUUGGAAUAUUAAUUAUUGAUUUCAAUCCAAACAUCAAUCCAUUGGCAUCGGGUUCAAAUAGUAACCAGAGUGGCUAUAAUUGCUCAAAUAACAGUACAAACCCUACUGCCGAAAUAUUUUAUGGAGCAAAUACACCAUUGGCUAAUAAGUUGUUUUUCGGCUUCGCAAUUGUUUACGUCAUCUCAGCCUUUAUAAAUUGGUGGGCUCUUCAAGAUUUUUUAUGGUUAGAUGUCAUUAUGAUUCCUGAAUAUUUGAAUUUGGUUGAAGCUGUUUUAUAUCUGUGGAGUUCAAUAUGGUAUGUCAAACAAGUAUCAUUCAAUGAUUAUUAUACCAUGGGAGUGCAUAAAAUAGAAAUAACAGCAGCAUCGGUCGACAUAGUCGCAUCAUUUGGAUGGCUAAUGUCAUGGUAUCGUACGUAUACUAGAACCCUUGGUCGCGGUUUUACAUUAGAUGAUCCGGAUACCAUGGGUAAUUUGUGCACAACCACUGCUUCAUUUAUUUAUAUCACUUACAACAUUCAACUAAAUAUUCAUCCUGAAAAAUAUGGAUUAAACACCCUUUACACGAAAGGAGAUAUUUUUUACUUUAUCGGUGCAUGUUAUUUUUUAUUCGGUUGUUUACGUGACGAUAAUUGGUUUUGGUUUUUUCCACUUGCUGGACAAUAUGGGAUAGCAAGUGGAAAGUUAAAUGAUUCAGUAAACGUCCAAAAGCCGAUUCAACAAGGUUUAGAACCGUUGCUUAUCACAGAUGUGCUUUGUUGUCGAAAACGACAGAACAAUCUAUCGAAACAACAGAUUGUUGAAGAAAACAAAGCGUCCACGUAUGGCAAUCAUUUAAAUAAGACAUUUCAAAUGAACGAUACACUAAAAAUUGCAUCCCUUGGAAAAAAAAAAACACUUGAAUCUAAACCUGAGGUUCCAACGGGUGUUGGUGUGUUAUUGGACGCGCUCUAUAGAUCUAAAAUGGUCUCGGGCAAUUUCGGAGUGGUGGUAGGACGAUGUUAUGUCUCAUGGCAAGUUGAAUGUCCUUGUAUGGCCGAAUCACAUGAACAUAUGGAUAAUAAAGUCAAAGCUGAACAAAAAUUCCAAAAGUCUGGCGGGCAGUAUCAGACCUUAUGUCGUAUGUAUGGCGAUAAUUCGAAAAGUACUUAUCCUGUUACAGUAGUUGCACCAAAAGUUUUACAAGUGCCAAGCGAAUAUGUUGGUCCUUGGUCUUAUGAUAUUCAUUGGCAUGCGCCAUUAGACAAUUGCACAAGUUCAGAACUUGCUACUGCUUGUUGUUGUUAUCCAUGUUAUGUAUGCUCACUGAUGGAGAACGCGGGUGAAGCAUCUUACACCGGCUGUUUAUGUCCCAUAACACUUUGCGGAUUAAGAGUUAAAUUAAGAGCUGCACUUAGAAUUAAAGGUUCUUUGUUUAAAGAUUGCUUAGUAACAAGUUGCUGUUGUACGACAUCAUGUGCAGCAAUGCAAAUGCGACAUGAGCUCGAUUACAGACAAUUAAAUGUAAAUCACAAACAAGAUAAACACAGUUCAACAACUAAUUGA